CAGCAAUCAUAACGUAUUCUACUAUUUCUUUUUCCAAACUACAGAUCAAAGCCGUAUGCUAUUCAAUGUAUCCUCAGGACGUUUGGAUUGUCAUAAAUAAAAUGUUAUAUAUUUUUCGUUUCAUUCUGCUAUCAGGGAAUGCCUCAGUUUAUUAGCCGUGGAUGAACUUGAGGUUUUUCGAGGGCGUUGUCUUAUUCGGAAUUAGACGGUCAUUGAAUAUUUCUCGAAAACGUUUAUUGAGUUACUUUAUUGCUUGAGAUAUGCUGCCACCCACUUCAAGAUUAUGAGUGAACUGACAAAUGUGGACCUUGUGGAAGCCAUUUAUUUCGCGUUCAAGAGUCAAGAGGAGAUAAUACAUAUUUGGUGUUUAGCGUUUUCAUGUGCUCUCAAUCAGAAAUUUAGGAGUGAACUGAGUGGGUUAAAACACAGCCUUGUUUCUGUCCCCAAGGUUUUCUGUUCGCUCCGAUCGCGAUGUGUGGAAUUGGGAAAAAAUGCGUUCAUGGUAAAAUGCUUUAAUUUUGCUCUCUUUUCCUGGAGGGGGUAAGGAGGGAAGGGGAGGAGUUGUGGAAUGAGAGGGAGAGGAAAAUUGUCGUCUAGGCUCUCAUGCUUCCUUUGUUUUCUUUCGAUGCUUAUACUAGGUGAAGUGAAAACCUUUCAGAGAGGGGAUUUAGGAAGACAUGGAAUGUUUUUCAAAAUCAUCCCAAAGUUCUCUUACAAGCGACACAAGAAUCACCGCCAUUUUACGGGAUGCUGGAAGAGGUAUGGGACCAAGACCAGAAAGGCUAAGGCCCAGUCCAUUCUACCGUGUAACGCGGCCUGGCCAUUUAAGUCUCGUCUGGAAGACUUUAAGUAUGAAGGCGAUGCCACUAUGAAUGACAUUAAGUGCACCAAAUGGAGCUACAAUAUCACCGUGUUCGACCGAAAUAACUCGUACGUGUUUUACGCGACCAAGACCAACCCACCGAAACCUGUGUACUUUGAAAUGAACGGCUACGAUACACUGUUGGUGUCUUACUACGACAAGUACGUUAUUCGUUAUCACAGCUUUGAAGAGUGGGAUUAUGAUCCUGAUAACGAUCCCGAUGUGUUUGAGGUUCCACAUCUAAGCCAUGAUAAAUGGUGUUGGAACAUCGAUAAGAGGUCUCAAGGCAGUGAUGGCGCGUCAAUGUCCCUGAACCCUAUGGGAGAAUUCGCCAUGCUCCACCACGAAAAGGACCCUGUUGAUGAAGACUUCCACGAUUUCCGUAAGAAACACAACAGGGUAUACAAGGACAAAGUGGAGCACCAGAAAAGGAAGCACAUUUUCAGGCACAAUUUAAGGUUUAUUCGUUCUAUGAACAUGAAAGGCAACGCCUAUCAUUUGACUGUCAAUCACUUCGCCGACAUGACGGAUGAAGAAUUUCAAAGCCACAAAGGACUCAUGCCCGGAGAUGGAGGCUACGGGUCACGUGAUUUUGAUGACGAUGACGAUGACCCGGGAACUGGUUAUGAUAUAGAUAACUACAGCAAUGAAGAAAAGCGAGAGAAAAUAAAAAGAAAAAGUAGAUAUGGUCAUGUCCCUGAUGAAUUAGACUGGAGAAAAUACGGUGCUGUGAUUCCUCCUAAGGGCCAAGGCACGUGUGGCUCAUGCUGGGCUUUCGCUGCCGCUGGAGCAGUUGAAGGCGCGAAUUUCAUUCAGACUGGUAAACUAGUUGACGUAUCCGAGCAACAGCUCCUGGACUGUACAUGGGCCACUCCAGGAGUCAAGCAUGGCAAUAACGGAUGCCUGGGCGGCUGGACGUGGAAAGCCUUCGCUUGGAUAAAAAAGUUCGGCAUAGCCACCGAUAAGAGCUACGGUCCGUACCGGGGACAGGAAGGUUAUUGCAAGACCGAAGGAUUAAAAGUGGGUGCAAGAAUCCACAGUUACAGAAGAGUGAAACGCUACAACAAGGAAGCUGUAAAGAAAGCGUUAGCUUAUCAUGGACCAGCAACCAUCUCCAUCAACGCCAACCCUAAAACAUUAAAAUUCUACAGUCAUGGCGUCUUGGACGAUAUUUCAUGUAAUAACAAAACUGACCACGCCGUGUUGUUGGUCGGUUACGGCACUGAAAACGGUGUGCCUUACUGGUUAAUAAAAAACUCCUGGUCUCAUAACUGGGGAGAUAACGGAUUUAUCAAAAUCAGACAUGGCCUGUGCGGCGUGGAAAAGAGACCAUUUGUUGUUCUAAACAAAGAACGAAAACCACUGCCAUGGCAACUUGAAGAAAAAGCUAAAAAAGAGAAGGAGAAGCAACUAAAGGAAAAGUUACGAGAACAAAUGAAAGCUGAGUUAGCGAAACAAGAUUCAAGCAGUGACAGUAAAAUAGUUCGCAAGGACGCAAUAGAAGAUCCUGACUUUAGGGACAUAGAAGAUGAUGACUAUUUGGACGAUGUGGACUUUUGGUGACGAUUACACAGAGCAGUAACAGAGCCAUUAUCACAGAGUAGUGUGCCCAUAUUACACUGGUGAAUGAGUGAAAUGCGAACUUGUUCUAUUUUUAGACGCUCCUCUCUGUGUAAGAUGAGGUGUAUAAAACUGGUAUAACUCGCAAAAAUUGCAUGCAGCAAUUUUUAGUCCCUUGUACAAUUCAGAUUCCACAUAUUAAUCUAACCGGCGGACGUAAGGAACUAAGCACACAGUCUAGCAUGUUGAUCAUUUACCUUAUGACACUACUUUUGAUACAAAAAUUUCAGUGUAAAAAGCUACCUUUCUCUCACACUUCGACAGAAAAGAAACUAUAUAUCGCCUGUAAAUUACAUAAAAAGAAAUAUUCAUUGUCUCUCAAGCUUUCGUAAUGGAAAAUGGAGAGACAUUCACUGACAUUGCAAGGUGCUGUUAGGGCUUGCCUUAUUUUUUAUAGUGAAUAUGCUGUAGUUUUAGUACAUUAAAUUAUUUUAUACUUCUAUUUCUGAACUAAUUGAAGUUUCCUGUUGCGUUCUUCACUCUUUCCCGUGAGUUUCAUCAUGUGUGGCGUGAAUUUCCUGAGCGUUUCCUAUGCGUUCCCUUGUUCAUUCCUGAAAGUUUUGUGUCGGCCCAGGGUUGGUUGUCAGCCAAAGUUUAGUGGUGACAAAGUUGGGAAUAGUACAUACUGUGUUUUGGGCCCAGGCUUAGUGAAAAGUGGGUUAUCAGGUGAGUUCCCUUGCGCUUGCCGUUCGUUCUAUAUGAAUUCCCCAACAUGUCUAUGCGUCCGUUACCUCGUGCGUUCAUUUCAUGUGUUCCUCGUCGUUCUCAGUGCGUUGCCUUUGCGUUUUGCCGUUCAUCUCUAGCCUUACCGACCCCUGACCCAACAGGUGCAAUGUAUACUUCGUAUGGUACCGGUGGGAUGUAUGCAACCCACUUAAUUACUAAGAGAGAAGGAAGACGACUUCUGGAGAGACUGGUUGGCAUAUAUCUUACUUUCUUGGAGAUGCAUUACAUCUGGCGUUUAGUAAGGGAUGAGGUAAAAAUAUGAUAAUGAGGUAGGGGGGGGGUGGGGGCUGGAAAAACUUCCUUUCUAACCUUGCUUGAGUGUCGUCUACCCUCCCCCUACCUUGGCUAAUUUCUGUCAGAAAAUCGACAAGUCGGACACAUAAAGUGAAGUUGAUUACCAAGAGCUCACAGGGAAAAAUAUAGCAUUUGGUGUCAGCUAAGGGAGAGUGAUGGUAUUGUUGACUGUACUGUAACGCUAGGGGUAUACUCCAUGAAAUAACACAAAAAAAUAAAAAGAAUAAGACUAAAUAACCUUUUCUUACCCUCGGCAAUG